CACGCGUGCGGCCCUCAAAGCUAAGGCCAAGAGGUACGUCGACUUAAUGGAACGGGCCGUUCCGAAGCUAGCCCGGAAAAGGCAAAGGAUGACCGAACUGGCCCACGGUCGACAGGUCCGCAGCUAUGAGGCUCGGAACGGGAAUGCUGGGCCCCAGUACCAAUAUAAAUUGGGGGACCUAGUGCAGGCCCGAGUACAAGUAAAGUGGACGGGCACUAUCGAGCACCCCACGUGGAUCGAGAAUCCGGAGCUGCUGAUCAUACAGGGUUGGAGGACUAACGCGGAAGGAGAUCUUAUUGGAUUCCUCUUUGGAUCGGUACAGCCGGGUCGCCGACAGUUGAUUGCACAGGAGCUCAUCGCACCGAUCGUACAAUUGGCGGACGAUCUCUCGCCCGACAUCUACUUUCAGAGUGAUGACAGUCCUGCUCCGUACAUUUUCAAGCGAUCCUUUGACCCGUACCUUCAGUGGACUUUGUGCUUGGAGGAACCUAGGGACAAGGAUAUGCUACCAUCGCGGCAGGAGUAUCUGAAGCCGUAUGAGAUCAUCCCUUACGCCUUCUACCCGAGGGCAGAAGAAGUGGUGAUCGAUGACGACGACAACGAAGAAAAAGACAACGACGAGGAAACAUCGGAGGAGGGAAGCCAUAGUGAACAUAGCGAGGGCGAGCUGAGUGAGGAGGAAGAGAAAGAAGAAGGAACCGGGUCCGAGAGGGAAGCCCCGUCGGAGGAAGCGACGUGUACGGGAACGGAGGCGGAAGAUCCGGAAGCGGUGCGAAAACGCGAAGAGAUUGCCUUCGGAAAGCGCCAGCUGGAGUCCGCUAGCGAAGCCAGCCUGCGCAUCGGUAGUGAUCCGACCAGGGAGCCCGAGCCGCCGAGGCCCGAAGAUGGCGGCCCUGCAGCCGCCAACUCAAGUACCGCGCGACGGAGACGGCGUUGUUCCCCCUCCUCCUCCAGCCCCACCCGUCCCCCAAUUCGCCCACGUACCGAUGCGAGCGAUAGGCCUUCGUCCUCAGAUGCUAUCCCGCCGGCCCCUUGAUUUCCUCACCCUCGAACAGAUCCGUACCCCCGUCACCUUCCCUUCCCACCCUUUCCAUCCCCAUCUCUUCCGUAACUUCUACUCUACCCGUUUACUCGCCACCGUCCACCCCCAAGC